AUGCUUGUCUUCUGUACGGGGCUCGUCCUGCUGCUCGCGGUGCUCGUCAAGGGCUUUGACAACAACCGCUUCGACAAUGUCGCUGUAUACUGGGGGCAGAACUCGUAUGGGGCAGGUCAUUCAGAUCUUGCCAACCACCAGAAGCGACUUUCAUUCUACUGCAAUGACAACGCGAUAGACGUUUUCCCUGUAGCCUUCCUCCACGUCUUCUUCGGACCAGGCGGCGUACCAUCCAUCAACCUCGCCAACAUUUGCAAUGCAGUUGACAACUCCACUUUUCCCGGAACGCAACUUCCCGACUGUUCUGCGCUCGCCUCGGAUAUUGCUUCCUGUCAAUCCAAGGGCAAGAUCGUGACGCUCAGUUUGGGCGGUGCGACUGGUGCUGUUGGGUUCGAGAGUGAUAGUCAGGCGGUGUCGUUUGCGCAGACGGUUUGGGAUAUGUUUUUGGGUGGUCGAUCGGAUAUGAGGCCGUUUGGGAACGCUGUUUUGGAUGGUGUCGAUCUGGAUAUCGAGGGCGGGACGUCGGGCCAUUAUGGUGCCUUUGUGAACAAGAUUAGGGCUUUGGCUGCGCCUACUGGGAAGAAAUACUAUGUCACUGCCGCCCCUCAGUGCGUCUAUCCCGACGCGGCCCUGGGAGAGGUCCUCAACCAAGUCGCCUUCGACGCGGUAUAUGGUAUGUUUUACAACAACUACUGUGGUCUCCAGAACUUCGAUCAAGCCUCGAACUGGAACUUUGGUCUUUGGUACUCGCCAUUUACCAUGUCACACAACUACUUUGAACUAACCCUUCGCGAUAGGGAUUAUUGGGCACGCAAUGUCAGUGUCAGCAAGAAUACCAAGAUCUACAUCGGAGCCCCUGCUGCACCGUCCGCUGCGGGUUCAGGUUACGUCGACAUUGGAACCUUGUCGAGGAUCGCGACUCAGAUGCGGCGCAGUUUCCCUUCGUUUGGAGGUGUGAUGCUGUGGGACGCGUCGCAGGCUUAUGCAAACAAUCGGUUUGACAAAGCGAUCAAGGAUGCGCUAGCCGCUGCUGGUGGGAGUGGUUUCGCGUACCCUCCAUGCUCGGCGCCUGCCUAUGUUUCUGGGACCGGAUAUCAGAGCGGGGCCCAGGUUUCGUACGGAGGGUAUAUUUGGCAGGCCAAAUGGUUUGCUUCGCAGACCCCGGGCAGCAUUGUUAACGGUGAAUGGAGUGCAGUGAGCGUCUGUUCCGGGGGUGGAAGUCCUGCUCCGCCGCCGCCACCGCCUCCCUCAAGCUCAACCACGACCACGACCACGACCACGCGGUCUAGCACCACCACUACCAGAUCUACGACUUCGACUUCGACUUCGACUACUACUACGGGAUCCAGCACCCCAGCACCUCCGGCCCCUACUGGUGGACUUUGUGCAGGCGUUUCUGCGUGGUCCUCUUCCGUCGCCUACGAUGGAGGAUCCAAAGUCGUCUAUAGCGGGCGACUGUGGACUGCGAAGUGGUGGACACAGGCCGACAUCCCUGGAGGCUUAGCUGGAGUCUGGGUGGAUAAUGGGCCAUGCUAGAAGCUUCACCUCAAGAUCCCAAGUUCUAAGUCUAAAUUUAGAACGAACGGCACGGCACGUCAAGGUGCUUCUCAAGCUCAUGACACAAGAGUUCUUUCCCCCUCUCCCGGUCUCUAACACCCAUUUUAACACACGUAUCAUCUCUUCUAUCAUCGCCAUCUAUGCCAAGACUUUUGCUAAAUAUAACAGUUUGUAUGCAUUGUAAGUAUAUCCCCAACUCAAUUGGAAUUGGAAUUCGG